GGCCAGUCCUUACUCCUCACCAACCCGACGCAACUCCGUGUCCAUGACCCCAACAGGAUUCCUUCCUCCAUUUUCCUCUCCAUUAUGCACGCUGUAACAAUGUCAAUUGCUUCCUUGUCUGUCCCUUCCGUUGGCCAUUGUUGCCGUAAUUCUCCUCCUUUCUCUCUCAAAUCCGCUUUCUUCUCAAAACCCCAAAAACCCCAUGUCAAUUUCACCCUCAAAACCUCCCAAAAGAGAUGUACCCAUGUAGUUUCAAUGAGCAUGGAGGCGGGUAUUGGGGUGAUGGGUACAAAGCUGGGGAUGAUGAGCUACUUUGAGACUGAUGGAACGGUUGUGCCCGUCACGGUUGUGGGGUUUCGAGAGGGCAAUAUAGUAACCCAAAUCAAGACUGAGGCCACUGAUGGGUAUGAUGCUGUUCAGGUUGGGUACAGGAGGGUAAGGGAUAGGAAGCUGACGAAACCGGAGUUGGGGCAUCUGGAGAAGGCUGGGGUGAUCCCAAUGCGGCAUUUGCAGGAAUUCAGGCUGCAGAGUUUGGAUGGGUUCGAGGUGGGUCACAGGUUGGCCAUAGGGGAGAUUUUUAACGAGGGGGAUUUAGUUGAUGUUUCUGGAACUACUAUUGGGAAAGGGUUUCAAGGUGGAAUAAAGCGGCAUAACUUCAAAAGGGGUCCAAUGACUCAUGGAUCCAAAAGUCAUAGAGCUUUAGGAUCUAUUGGUGCUGGAACAACACCAGGUCGUGUAUACAAGGGGAAGAAGAUGCCGGGAAGAAUGGGGGGAACCAAAAGAAAGAUCCGAAAGCUGAAGAUUGUGAAAAUUGACAAGGAUCUUAAUGUUGUGAUGAUUAAAGGCGCCGUUCCUGGUAAGCCUGGAAAUCUGCUUCGCAUAACUCCGGCUAAAAUUGUUGGUAAAAACAUACCAAAGAACUAGCUGGAUGUAGUCUACAUUGUUUAGUUUCAGGGUAUAUUUUGCAUUCUCAUAACCUAAUAUUCUAUGUAAAUUGCUAUUUAAUCUUUGAAGUAUCAAUUUAGAUUUCAGUUGUUAGCAUCUUUUGAUGCAUCAUCAGGUGCAUGGUUUUAAUGGAAAUCUAAAUAAGUUUUUUUAGUUGAGCUCUGACUCAGAUGAUUUCUCUAUUUACAAAAGCACUAAUGGGUUGAUCAGUCAUGCAGAGCAAACCACAUAUUCUUUGUAAAUACUUCCUAUAUCACUGUUAUAAUGAUCUCAUCUUCAUGAGUUGUAGUCUUGUACAUUAAAAGAAAAUUGGUUUAAUGACAAACUAGAAAUAGAAUAUUUUCAGAACAUGGAAUUGAGCUUAGCUUAAAAAAGAGCAUGUCCUUUUCAUUUACCUCAUGUAUUAUCUAGGAGCAAUUGCAUUUACAUAAUUGAAAGAGAUGGCUAUGAAUGCUUGGAUUAAGUUUCACUUAUAUGGCAGGGUUCUUUCAUUUACCUCGUGAGGGCUUGGAUCAACUGUAGUAUCUUUUCUUUUCAGUUUUCGAUCUAUUGGAGCAUUAAUAUACUCGGUAUUUGUAGGAGUCUAAACCCUUGAUUUGAUCUUCAAAAUCAAAACUUAAUUAGAUA